UUUACAGUAAAAUGGCAGAGAACACACAGGACGUGUAUGAAGACAAUGACUAUUACUUCAAGAUGUAUAAUUAUUUCACUAGCAAGUCCACAGAAGAUUCACCAAAUCAGUGGAUUAAAGAGUGGGAUACAAUAGUGGAUUUGAUACCAAAUGUUGAAAUGUCAGACAGUAUAUACAUGUUGGCAGUUGCAACAGGCGAAGGGUCAUUAGAAAGACAGGUAAUUGAAAUGAUUUUCAAACAUCGUCCGAGAGUAACCCUCCAUGUUGACGUCAUCGAACCCGCCAUUGACCAGAUAAACCAAUUUAAAGUGAAGUCAGAUGAGAUGAAAGCAAAGUAUCCUAAACUGACGUUUGGAUGGUUUCCGCUCACAUGGGAUGGUGUUAGAGGAAAACAGGAGAUUAAUAACAAGAAAUAUCAUUUAAUUGUAUGUGUAAACGGUUUAUAUUAUAUGGACGACUGGGCAGAGACGAUUAACCAAUUUUACAACAUCUUAGCUUCACGUGGCGUCAUGUUCAUUACUAUAAACAGCAGUGAAAGUGGAUGUGGUAAUCUUUUCAAGAACUAUGCAUCAUGGGAAGGUAGAACAACUCAUCUGCUAACUGCUGAUAACAUCAUUGCUCACCUUCGAUCGACAAAUGUCCCAUAUAAACGCUACAUUCGUAAAACUACGGUGGAUAUCUCCGAGGUCUUCAAUGGAAAUUCAGAAGGCGGUAACAUGUUGCUCGAUUUUCUUGUACAGCGUAAAGACUUUCGAAAGACUGCACCUGAGAAACUAAAGAAAAAAGUGUUUGGUUUCAUCGAAAACAAUUCUAAGGUAGUUCAGGGCAAAACAUUAAUUACAGACGAUGAAAUCGACUUAGUUGUAAUUAAGUAAUAACGUGACCAAUAUGUAUAAUAUAUGCCACAGAAUAAAUGCUAAAUAAU